GGCUGUUUCUCCCCCAUCAGUCCAGAGGAUUGCCCCCUUGUGCAGUCUUUCAUGUGCCACAACCGAAUGUUUAUCCUCGAUGGCCACGUGCAGCUGAAGACAGGCCUGCAGACCCAGGAACGACACCUUUUCCUUUUCACCGACCUUCUGGUUGUUGCCAAGUCCAAGUCACAUUCUCAUUUCAAACUGAAGUGCCAAGCACGUCUCUGUGAGACGUGGACAGCAUUUUGUACAGAAGAAGUCUGUGAAGGCAGCACAGACCCAGAAAGGUCCUUUGUUUUGGGCUGGCCCACCACAAACUGUGUGGUGAAUUUCAGAUCUGCCGAACAAAAGGAAACAUGGCUUUCUUUUUUGCAAAGUCGAAUAAGAGAAGAGAAGGAAAAAGACUAUCCUAAAAGUAUUCCCCUGAAGAUAAUUGCAAAGGAUGUUGGAACUUGUGCAUAUUCAAAGACCCUAGCUGUAACCAACGUUGAUACAGCAAAUGAUGUAAUUCUGAUGGCCCUGCAGCAGCUGGGAAUUACUGGCUCUGAAAAAGAUUACAAGCUCUGGGUGAUUUCAGGAAGAGAAGAUGCUCCUUAUCCUCUUAUUGACUUAAGCCAAAAGUCGUUUAAAAGGAAAAGAUCUAUCAUAAAUUGGGCCUUUUGGCGUGGCCCAGGCACUCACUUGGACAACGCACCUCUCUCCUCAACAUCUGCUGCUCCUGGGAAGCUCUUUGGCCUCUUGCUAACAGCCAUCUGUGAGGAUGACAACCUGCCCAAGCCUCUCUUGGACAUGCUUUCCCUCCUUUACCAAGAGGGCCCUUCCACCGAGGGUAUUUUCAGGCGCUCAGGAAGUGCAAAAACCUGCAAGGAGCUCAAGGAGAAGCUUGAUUCAGGAGCUGAAGUGGACUUAGCCUGUGAAUCCAUAUUUGUGACAGCAUCUUUGUUUAAGGAUUUUCUACGCAACAUCCCAGGCAGCAUUUUGUCAUCGCAGCUCUGUGAUAAGUGGAUCUCUGUGAUGGAUCAGGGGAAUAAUGAAGAGAAAAUAAAAAACAUCCAAAGGUUAAUAGAGCAGCUCCCCAGAGCUAAUGUUGUUCUGUUACGUUACAUCUUUGGAGUACUGCACGGUAUAGAAAUGCGAUCUGAAGAGAACCAGAUGAAUGCAUUUAAUCUAGCUAUCUGCAUUGCACCUAGCCUGCUCUGGCCUCCUGUUUCCUCCACUCCUGAUACAGAAAGUGAAUUCACAAAAAAGAUUUCUAGUCUGGUGCAGUUCCUCACUGAGAAUUGCUGCAGAAUAUUUGGAGAGGAAAUUACCUCCCUCUUUGGAGAAAUACUUAUGACAUGCAAGAACAGAGAGAAUGGCUCAGAUGUUGCUUCCCUCCAUCUGAAUGACUCUUCCUAUGACAGUCUGGAAAAUGAGCCUAAUGAUGAAGCCGACUCCUCAUCUAGUGACUGGAUUAAGAACAGAGAUCAGGAUAACAGGAGCAGGGAGUCUGUCUUUACUCUGAGCGAUGGUGAUUCAGAGCAAACAGAGGUGGAUGAAAUCCAGAACAAAACCAAAUCAAAACAGUUGACCAUUUCUGUUGAGGUACACCAUAAGUUUUCAUCACAAGAAAACUCAGAGAAUGAAUCUCUCUGCUCCAAUGCAUUGGGCUUCUCUUCGGCAACUACCUCAGGUGCUCUUAAAACCCCAAGGAGACACAGGCGCUCCUCAGAGCCCACAAUUGGCCUUCUGGCCCCUGGUUUCACCCGCCUCAGUGAAACGUGUGAGAAGGCAGCGCGCAAAGCCAGCUGCGACGUUUUCCUCUCUCAUGAAGAUGAAGACUAUCUCCACCAGCUUCGUUCUUUACAGAUGGAAGGGCAAAAGCUUAUCAAUCAAAGCUUGAUUAUAGGGAUUAAUGUGGGCAAAAGUGACAACGCAAGGCAAAACACAGAAAAGAAAGACCUGCCCCAUUGCCUCCUGCCUCCAAACCCAGAGGGAUUAAAUAUUUGCUCAGGAUUUAGCUCUUCUAGCUUGUCUUCUCCUGGGACAUCUCCAUCUUUGUCAUCAAUGAGCUCCCUGGACAGUGCUUUCUCUCAGUUUUCAGACCAAUCUGUGUUUACCCCAACUGAAACCUCCUCCCCUUUGGAUAGCACUUUCCAGUUGCUAAAGAAACACGAAGACACUGCUGCUGAAGCAGGUGAUGACUAUUUGGUUAAGCCCACUGGGGUACCAGGGCCUCCAAAACCUACCGAUGCUUUGGUUGAGGAGCGCUUGGUGGAGACCAACAGCAGGCCAGUACCUACGAAACCUACUGAAGCAGUGGAUGGCUAUUUGGUUAUGUCUGACAUUGAGCCAUUACCUCUGAGAGUCACAGGAAGAGACAGACUAAUCCAAGAUCAAAGAGGAGGUUUAGAAGAGCAUUGCAACAAUCCAAAGUUUGAAGAGAUUGACCAAAGCUUUUUGAGAAGGAACCUUAUGCUUAAAAUAAACACCAUAAAAAAUGCCUUUGGUGUUAAUGUGUGUUCAUUUUAAGUUUACUAUCCAGGCUGUUUAAGUAUAAUCGAGCAGUCCCAGAAUUCAUGGGUUUUCUUUUUUUCUUAAGGAAUUGUUAAAGUAAUUUUCCCAUGCAAAGUUUUGCCAGAAUAUUGUAAGAAUAACAAAAAUUGUUAAAAAGCAAAGAAACAGAAUGCUCCCUAAAAUCUGAAAAGGUCCCAGGAAAUGCUUAAGAGAAGUACCCUGUUGACUGGCCCUGCCAGGUGCUUGCUGGGACUCUCCCCUUGACUACUCGUGUGUUGAGCCUUGCGGAUGUGAGUCCCAGUCUUUGUGGUUUUGACGUAGCGUGCAAAGUCAGCGUAGAUCCCAUAACUGUGGUAUUAUACUACUGGUCUGAAACUGAUAGUUAUUCCUUCCAUUGUCCCCCAAGGAGUAAGUGUGUUGUUUUCUGUAUGUUUAUACGAUAUGUUUGAUAGGUGUAGUUAUUUCAUUCACACUGCAAAAGAAAAGAAAAAAAAUAAGCUCGUAAAUAUGUAAAGUUAAAUGCUGAAGCUUGUAACUAACACCUCCCAACUCUACGUUUUUCAUUUAUUGUGCUGUUGGCUGUUCUGUUCAUAUUUAAGUUGUGAAUAGUUUCUUAACAUUGCUGUAAAUGGCAUUGUGUAUUAUUCCAAGCAGAACACAUGUAAUUUUAUUAUGCAGCAUCUAAAACAUCAUAUAAUAUAUUAAAAGUAAUGCAUUAUCUAAAUGCUUUGAGUUUGUAUAAUAUAUCCUGAAAAAUUUUGCUAUUAUAUAUGUUCUGAAAAGAAAUGUGUAUUUUUGUACUUGCAAAAACUGCUGCUAAUUUUACGAGUUCUGUUUUGUUGUUACAGCACUGGUAUUGAUGUGUAUGCAUUCAAUGCUAUAUAUUAAAUAUUAUUUGUUAUGUCAUAAAUUCAGUUUA